AUGGUGAAUGAAGGUACAUCUGUCUAUUGGAGACAAGGUCAGAAUGAAAUAGAAGAAGAGGAUAAUUUCAAUAAGAAUAAGAUUGAUGACCAAAAAUAUCAGCAAACCGAAAUUCUUACCUUUCCGGGUGAUGAUGAUGAUGAAGAUGAAUUCGAUGAUCAACCGGAUAUAGAACAUGAUAUCGAACAAGGACAGAAUCCCAAGAAAAAAGGAAAUAAAGUUUGGAAUUUCAUUAAACUAGUAUCUAACAAGAUUGAUUCGUUAGGUGUUGAAUCCAAUGGUAUCGAUCGUAUUCCCGCAGACCAGAGAGGUACAUUCAAGACACAAGUUUUACAUGUUACAGGUAUUUGGAUUAGUGCUACAGGUGGUUUAUCAUCUAUGUCAUCAUUUUUGUUGGGACCUUUAGUAUUUGGUUUAACAUAUCAUGAAUGUUUAGUAUCCGGUUUAGUCAGUGUUAUAAUUGGUUGUUUGGUUGCUGCCUAUUGUUCUAUUAUGGGUCCUCAAUCAGGUUGUAGACAAAUGGUGACUGCUAGAUAUUUAUUUGGUUGGUUUUUUGUCAAGUUUAUUGCUCUAGCUGCCAUUAUUGGUGUGUUGGGUUGGUCAGUGGUCAAUUCAGUUGUUGGUGGUGAAAUGUUAGCAGUCAUUUCGAAUGGUAAAGUGCCCCUAUGGGUUGGUAUUGUCAUUGUUACUGUCUGUUCAUUUGUUGUCGCCACAUUUGGUAUCAAACAAGUCUUGAAAGUGGAAACAUAUAUGGCAAUACCAGUUAUGACUACAUUUUUAUUAUUGUAUAUCUCCUCAAGUGAUAAAUUUAGUUUAGUCGAUGAUUUCAAGAAUGUUGAUAUGACCAAAGCAACUAUCAAGGGUAAUUGGAUGAGUUACUUCUCAUUAUGUUAUUCAAUUACAUCUACUUGGGGGUCCAUUACAGCCGAUUAUUAUAUUUUGUUUCCUGAAGAUGUUCAUCCAGGUUAUGUGUUUUUAUUAACUUUCUUUGGUAUCACAAUACCCACAAUAUUUGUUGGUGUCUUGGGUAUAUUGAUCAGUUGUAUUGCAGCUUCUUAUGAUCCUUGGAAUAAACUUUAUGCUGGAUAUGGUAUGGGUGGGCUAUUAUGGGCCGGUUUUGAAAGAUGGCAUGGGUUUGGUAAAUUCUGUGUUGUUGUUUUAGUUUUCAGUCUUGUUUCUAAUAAUAUUGUCAAUACAUACUCAGCUGCAUUCUCCAUCCAACUGGCUAGUGUUAGAUUAGCUAAGAUUCCUAGAUGGUUCUGGUCUAUUGUUGCCACAGUGAUCUAUUUGGUUUGUGCAUUGGUCGGUAGAAACCAUUUCAGUACCAUUUUAGGUAACUUCUUGCCUAUGAUCGGUUAUUGGUUAACCAUGUAUUUCACCAUUUUAUUCGAAGAGAAUGAAAUCUUCCGUAGAUUCUUCCUACAUCUAUACAUCAAGGAAUUUCCACCUGAAGAAAGUGAUUCUAGCGAUUCCAACGGUAGUCGUACCAGUAUUCAGACGCACAGUAAUGUGGAUCUCAACUCUUUGGAUGUCAGGGAGAAAGGUAUAGAAAAGAUGUAUGUUAUCAACAACAUCAGACAAUUAAAGGCAAAGCAAAGAAAGCGCAAGAUUAGAUAUAACUGGGAUAAAUGGAAUGAUCCUACAGUGUUGACUCACGGGAUUGCAGCCACACUAUCGUUCUGUUGUGGGGUUGCUGGUGUGGUAGUAGGUAUGGCACAAGUAUAUUGGAUCGGUCCAGUGGCCAGGCAUUUUGGUAAAUACGGUGGGGAUUUAGGUAUGUGGCUAAGUAUGGCCAUCUGCUUUGUCACUUACCCACCUAUGAGAUAUAUUGAGUUAAAAUAUUUCGGACGUUAG